AUGGAUCCUUUUGUGGUCCUGGUGCUCUGUCUCUCCUUUGUGCUUCUCUUUUCACUCUGGAGACAGAGCUCUGGGAGAAGGAAACUCCCUCCUGGCCCCACUCCUCUUCCUAUUAUUGGAAAUAUGCUACAGAUAGAUGUUAAGGACAUCUGCAAAUCUUUCAGCAAUUUCUCAAAAGUCUAUGGUCCUGUGUUCACCGUGUAUUUUGGCAUGAAUCCCGUAGUGGUGUUGCAUGGAUAUGAGGCAGUGAAGGAAGCCCUGAUUGAUAAUGGAGAGGAGUUUUCUGGAAGAGGCGUUUCCCCAAUAUCUGAAAGAAUUACUAAAGGACUUGGAAUCGUUUCCAGCAAUGGAAAGAGAUGGAAGGAGACCCGUCGUUUCUCUCUUACAACCUUGCGGAAUUUUGGGAUGGGGAAGAGGAGCAUUGAGGAGCGUGUUCAAGAGGAAGCUCGCUGCCUUGUGGAGGAGUUGAGAAAAACCAAGGCCUCACCCUGUGAUCCCACUUUCAUCCUGGGCUGUGCUCCCUGCAAUGUGAUCUGCUCCAUUGUUUUCCAGAAACGAUUUGAUUAUAAAGAUGAGAAUUUUCUCACCCUGAUGAAAAGAUUCACUGUAAACUUCAGGAUUCUGACCUCCCCAUGGAUCCAGGUCUGCAAUAAUUUCCCUAUAUUCAUUGAUUGUUUCCCAGGAAUUCACAACAAAUUGCUUAAAAAUGUUGCUCUUACAAAAAGUUACAUUAGGGAGAAAGUAAAAGAACACCAAGCAUCACUGGAUGUUAACAAUCCUCGGGACUUUAUCGAUUGCUUCCUGAUCAAAAUGGAGCAGGAAAAGGACAACCAACAGUCAGAAUUCACUAUUGAAAACUUGGUUGGCACUGUAGCUGAUCUAUUUAUUGCUGGAAAAGAGACAACAAGCACCACUCUGAGAUAUGGACUCCUGCUCCUGCUGAAGCACCCAGAGGUCACAGCUAAAGUCCAGGAAGAGAUUGUUCAUGUAAUUGGCAGACACAGGAGCCCCUGCAUGCAGGAUAGGAGCCACAUGCCUUACACGGAUGCUGUAGUACACGAGAUCCAGAGAUACAUUGACCUUGUCCCCACCGGUGUGCCCCAUGCAGUGACCACUGAUAUUAAGUUCAGAAACUACCUUUCCCCAAGCACACAACCAGAAGAGGUUUCUCUUUCUCAAUACAAGGGUUUAUCUACACCUAAUACUGCAGGCACAAUGAUAAUGACAUUACUCACUUCUGUGCUGCACGAUGACAAAGAAUUCCCUAAUCCAAAGAUCUUUGACCCUGGCCACUUUCUGGAUGAGAAUGGCAACUUUAAGAAAAGUGACUACUUCAUGCCUUUCUCAGCAGGAAAACGAAUUUGUGCAGGAGAGGGACUUGCCCGCAUGGAGCUAUUUUUAUUUCUAACCACAAUUUUACAGAACUUUAACCUGAAAUCUGUUGCUGAUCUAAAGAACCUCAGUACUACUUCAGCUACCAGAGGGAUUAUUUCUCUGCCACCCUCGUACCAGAUCUGCUUCAUUCCUGUCUGA